UUUGUAGUUCUUCCUCUGUAAACAACAUGCCGCCAGGUUCGGAUCCUUCAGAUGUAAACGAAGAGGACAAGCCCUCAAAAAAUAUAAUUGCGCGUAUAUCACAGUUUGCUGAUGAUAACUUAACGUUUGUCCGGAGCAUCAGCACAUGUCUUGGUCUCGUGGGUCUUCUUGUCAUAGCGAGGAGCAUCAGACUGGUUACAAAAUUUGGUUCUGCGGUUGAUAUUCCAGCGCGAUUCAUUGAGAGAAACGUCAGUAUCAGAGGAAGACUAAGACAUGUUACAGAAAAAGGCCUCGAAGUGGAACACAUUCCGAUCUAUGUUCCUUUUCUCAGUCGCCUACCGACUAAACGUCAGCCCGUGACCCUUCUGGAUGUGCGUCUGGCUGGAGUGGAGCUGACCUCAGAAGGGCAGGAGUGGAUCGGUCGACAGCUGAAGCCGGCUGAGACGGUGUGGCUGCGGCUGAUCGCUCGACAGAACCAAACCCUUCACUGCCUAGUGUCGGUUAACAGGGUAGGCUCACUCUUUAACACCUGUGUGAAUGAGGAGCUUUUGAGGCAUGGAUUGGCGAGGACUUCUCCGUUUGUGGGUCUGGACUCUCACUCUCGGAUCUACUGGCGUCUAUAUAAGCGCUUUCUGAGGGCCGAAGGCAGAGCGGAGCAAAAAGGAAGAGGCCUGUGGAAGGAAGAGAGUCGCUGGGAGAGGGCUGCUAAUGUCUUGAGAAACAAUACGCUCUUCGUCUCAGUUAAAAACUCCUCAAACGGACGUCAGGGGCUAAAGAAAAGUGAAACAGUCCUUUUCAAAAAAAAAAAAAAACAAGGUUGGUUAUUAAUUGCGGCGCAGUUGUAUUUAUUCUAAAUGCGCUAUUUUGCUGAUCUCAAACUUCACAGAUAAGCAGCGAUUAAACUUGAAAUUUCUGUU